ACCUUGUCCUUUUGUAUUGAAACAAAAAAAAAAAGCUGUUGAUUAAAGUAUGAAUGUGAAAGCAAAUCCACAUGACAAACCCUUUCAGCUGGAACCCGCCUCUUGCAGAGCAGGAAUGUAAAAUGUACCUGAACUGGAUCCUGUAUGAGGAAGAAUGGCAGCAGAAACUCACCAACAAUGUGCUGGUUUCAGGGAAAAGAUUUCCCUGACACGUCUGACAACAUCAGAACACAUUUAUCUCUGUCCGCUGCGGCACACUCUGGCAAAGAGAAGCUGCUAAUCUUGGAAGACAAUGGACGGGUGCUGCUUGUCUCCCGAAGAAGAAGAGGGCCGGAGGAUAUCCAGAGAAAUAGAGAGACAACUUAAACGGGAUAAACUAACUCUUAAACGGGAACUGAAGUUGCUGCUUUUAGGAACUGGUGAAAGUGGGAAGAGCACCUUUAUUAAACAAAUGAGGAUCAUUCAUGGGAAUGGGUACAGUGACAAUGACAGAAAACAUUUCACUCGCAUUAUCUUCCAGAAUAUCUUCACAGCCAUCCAGACGCUGAUUGAUGCCAUGAAGGCUCUAAAGAUUGGCUAUGCUGAUGCCCAAAACGCUGGCGAUGCGGAGAAACUGAGGCAAGUGGAGGAUCUGGACAGUUUGAUGGACUGGCAGGUGGAUGCCAUUAAGCGAGUGUGGAAUGACAGUGGAAUACAAGAGUGCUAUGACCGUAGGAGGGAGUACCAGCUAUCAGACUCUGCCAAAUAUUAUCUGAGUGACCUGGACAGAAUCGCAGCACCAGGUUUUGUCCCCACUGUUCAGGACAUUUUGAGGGUCCGAGUAGCCACGACAGGCAUCAUAGAGUACAUGUUUGAUAUGUCAAAGGUCAUCUUCAGAAUGGUGGAUGUAGGGGGCCAGCGAUCAGAGAGGAAGAAAUGGAUCCAUAGCUUUGAAGACGUCACUUCUGUCAUAUUCCUGGCGGCUCUGAGUGAAUACGAUCAAGUCCUUUAUGAAAACCAGGACGAGAAUCGACUACGCGAGAGCCUCGCCCUGUUUCAGACAAUUGUCAAGUCUGAUUGGUUUCACAACUCUUCCACUAUCCUUUUCCUGAACAAAAAAGACCUUCUGGAAGAGAAAAUCACCAAGUCAGAUUUGGCAGUCUACUUUCCAGAAUACACAGGACCGAAGGGCGACGCCGGUUCAGCACAAAAGUUCAUUGAGAAGAUGUACGUCCAAUUACACGGCAAGGAUUCCAAACCGCUCUAUACACACUUCACCUGCGCCACAGACACGGAGAACAUCCGGGUUGUCUUUAAAGCUGUCAAAGACACACUCUUUCAAGAUAACCUUGAAAAAUUCGGCAUUGUAUGAGAGAAAACCAAGUGAUGACUUUUACCUUUUGUAGCACAAAAGAACAGUUACGAAUCCAUGUUGAAAUGUUUCAAUAUCAAAGUACUGCCAGACUCAGGUUUUUUAACCAUAAAAAAAUGAGUAUCAAAGGUGAAGGUGUUUAUUUUCUAUGUAUUGAAUAACAUAAUUUUAUUAAAAUACCAAUGUGUCAAAGUAAUAAAUUAUGAAACAAAUUCCAUUGAAGUUAUGCAAUGGUAUUUAGAAAUAUUCAACCUCGUCACCUCAAUAGAUUAUCCUGAUGUGGUUAAAAGAUUAUGGCACUAAAAAAAAUACCCCCAAAAAACUAACUAAGCAAUCAAAAUACUUUUCUCAGAAGAUGACCUAAGUUCAAAUGAAAAGUUUAACAUUCGUGUUUCCAUCCACCUGCCAUGCAAAUUUUGAGCAAAAUUUUAAAAUGUCGCAAUAAAGAAAGUGCAAAUUAGGCGCAUUUCCACUUAUUGGUUUCAAGUGAAUCAACUAGGCCACCUAAAGCUUAUUUUCAUCAAAUGUUGAUACUAUUCAUGGCUGUAAAAGGAAAAAACAACAACACACAC